AUGUGGACAUUUCCAAGCUGCAUGUGCAGUCAAGUAUUUUAUAAUAAUCUGGUUUCUUGCGGAAAUGCUUGUAAUAUUCCUGUGGAUGAGCCAGCAAAAUAUGAAUCCGAUUCUGAAAUUGGCAAUCAUCCAGAAUUCAAAUUCAAAUUAACUACGAAUGUGGGUACAAUGUACAUAGAGCAAAAUCCAGAUUCACCAGAUGCUGAUUCCAAACAAUCAGUUUCAUUAGGUUUAAAAAUAGGAAUACCCAUUGGAAUUGCUUUUAUACUUACUUUGAUAAGUGUUAUAGGUAAAAAAAAAUGUGGGGGCUCAAAUAAAAAUUAA